AUGGCAGCGAAUAACGCCAACAACAAUACUCUCUCGGAGGAGGCCAUUGUGCAGCGGUACCAGCAACUCCGCCAGGAGUGUCUCUCUCUGGUCUCCCGCAAUUCUGAGCUAGAGAACGAGCUGCACGAGCACAAGCUGGUGGCCGAGGCCCUACGACCGCUGAACGGCGACCGCCGUUGCCACCGCCUCGUUGGCGGGGCCCUCAUUGAACGCAGCGUCGCCGAUGUGCUGCCGGAGCUGGAGGAGAACAUUAAGGGCAUCCAGGAGGCACUGGAGCAGCUCAACAAGAUUCUCGCAGAAAAGCAGAAGGCGAUGGAGGAGUACGCAAGGAAGCACGGCGUGACAGUGGCCCAGCAGCACGGGCAGCAGCCCGCUGGCGAGGCAAAUGCCGAGGCGACGAAGCGGCCGGAAUCCACCGACCAAAGGGGCGUGCUGGUAUAG